AUGCCACCCCGGGCCACCGGCACCGUUCCCCUCUUAGCCCUCCGCUCCUCCGUCCCCGACACCGCCGCCUCCGCCGCAGCAAACGCCACAAUCCCCCCCUGGCUCAUCCUCCCGAGACCAGACCCAAACGAGUGGAAUGGCGCCUCCGUCGCACCCGUCGCCGUCCUCUCGGCCGUCGUGGCCACUGCCUUCGUCGGCAUGCGCUUCUACACCCGCGCCAGGAUCCUCCGCUCCGUCAAGUGGGAGGACUGGACCAUCCUUGCGUCCCUCGCCUUUGCAAUCACCACCAGUGCAGGCAUGAUCACUCAACUUGAUUUUGGCCUCGGGGAACACCUCUAUUACUCCUACCCCUCCUUCGCCGCCUACAUCGAAGCAGGCAUCUUUACAAACCUCUUCUAUUCUAUCAGCAUCACCCUGACAAAAGUCUCCAUCCUCCUCCUCUACAUUCGCGUCCUGACCUACGACCUCGUCCGCCUCCUCGGCAAGACCCUCCUCGGCAUCGUUAUCCUCUCCCACGCCUGGAUGAUCGCCAGCAUCCUCACCACCUGCGUGCCCCUCACCUCCGCCUGGAACUACGACCCCCUGAACCCCCCCAUCUACUGCCAUCCCAUCUCCGUCUUCUGGGGUAACGCGUGCGUCCAUUUCGCUACCGAUUUGCUCAUCUUCCUCCUGCCCCUUCCCGUCAUCUACACCAUGCGCCUCCCCCGCCGGCAGAAGACGGGCCUCUACGUCGUCUUCUGCCUCGCGUUCCUCGUCUGCGCAAUCUCCAUAGUCCGCCUCGUCCGCCUCUUUCACACAGACGAGACCCCCCUCCAAGUACUGGACGUAACCUGGUCCGCCGUCCGCAUCGCAAACCUGACCUGCAUCGAGGUCCACGCCGCCAUCGUAACAGCCUGCCUCACCACCCUGAAACCCCUGCUCUGCCGCCUCUUCCCCCGCUUCAUGGCCUCCGCAACGGGCACCUACGGUGGCUCCGACACCUACAACUCCUCCGCCGACGCCUCCCGCCGCGACGAAUGGGAAAAGAACUUCUCCCUCGGCGACCCGGAGAUGUACUAUCAGCGUCCCCUGACCAUCGGCACAAAGUCGAACCGUCCCCGGAUGCAGAGGGACACCUUUGCGAGCCUGGACGAAAUGAAAUUAUCUCCCGAAGAGGCGGAGCACGUCGACAUGUUAAUGGCGAUGAAGCCGCCGGCGGCGACGAGGAGCAGUGUUCGGAACGGCGGCCCAGGCGAAUUUCGGCUGGCCGAGGUCGAUGCCGGGGCGCCGUUGCGGUGGCCGUCUAAGCUCGUAAGAAAAUCGAGGCUUCAGCCGCCGCAGGACGCAAAGACGCGCAGAUCGAUGCUGCGGUACGCGCAGAGUGCGCGGUCCACACACUUCAGCUCCGCGCCGAUGCCUGAGAAUCGGAUUUAA